GGUACAAAUAGAAACUAAUCCAUUAGUUUGCAUUUAGUGUCGGCAUAUCGGCAGUGAAAAUAUAGCUGCAUCGAUGUAAUUUAGGAAUAUAUAAAUUGUUAGAGAACAGACACUCCCAAAUGAAUAUUGAAAAGAAAUAAAAUAUCUGCUGGAAAUAAGUUGGUAAAUAGAGUGAAGUUCAUAGAUGAGAAACUCGGAAUGAUGGCAAGGCACAAAGAAAUCACGUUAGUAACUUUUCUCAUAAAAGGUUUCAAAAUGGAGUAGAUAUUCAUUUGUUGUUGUUCUAAUAAGACAACGUGCGUGUUUGUUUAUAAGACUGCUGAUAAAAAGUUGAGUACUUUUAUUUAUAAGACGUCCAAUAGGUGAAGUAUCUUUAUAAUUUGACGACAGUGUUAUUGAUGGUUUUGCAGUAAACAUUUACUCAGCUAUUUGGAUGCUGGAUCUAUGUAUGACCUUUGUGUAUUUUCAUUCACUCUUCACUUUAAGGGAUGAAGAUCUGGAGAAGUGAAGCGGUGCACGGCUUCUCCUGCUCCAGGAGUAUGCACUUGAAGUCUUCAUGGUGAUAAAAAUCGUUCAUGUUGGAACGGUGGGCAGCACCGUGGCAGGCAUUUGGCUGCUGCUACUGGCGGGGCUGUGGGGGCGCGCUUCUGCAGGUAUCCUGCUGGCGCAGUACCCUGGCCCCGAUGAUCUCCCUGAGCGCUUUUGGCAUAUGGCAAUCGAUCAAAAAACUCAGAGAGUCUUCGUGGGCGGCACGAAUCGCCUUUUGCAACUUGAUGGAAAUCUCCGCCUCGAACAAGUGGUGACUACCGGCCCCAAAAACGACAGUCCUUCCUGCCACGCUACUGGAUGUAAUGACCCUAAUAUACCUCUGUCUUUAAUGGAUAAUUACAAUAAAAUAUUACUUAUAGAACCAGACUCAAGAGUCUUAAUAUCUUGCGGUUCUUUGUCCCAAGGUGCUUGCUAUAAAUAUAAACUAAGUAAUAUAAGUGCAGAAUCCCAGUUUAUUCCUAUAAGUAUAGCUGCAAACGAUGCAAACGCAUCUACGUAUGCAUAUAUAGGCCCUAAGAAAUACAAUCUAUGGGGUCGUUCGAAUAUUCUUUACGUAGGGACAACUUUUACAAACAACGGAGACUUUCGACAUGAUGUACCAGCAAUAGCUAGUCGUGAUCUGGAGACGUUAGACAUUGCGGAGUUAACAUUUAGUAAACAAUCUCUGUUAAGUAUUGACGUUAAAUACAGAGAUCAUUUUAUUGUACAGUACGUAUACGGUUUUAAUGCUAGUGAAUACGCCUACUUUGUUAUUGUUCAAAAACAAUCGCAUUUGCCCGGACAGGAGGAACAGGGAUACGUCUCACGACUUUCAAGAACUUGUAUAAAUGAUCCAAAUUAUGACAGCUAUACAGAAGUUACGUUACAGUGUAUAGACGGAGAUACGAAAUAUAACCUAGUACAAGAUGCAAAAAUCGCUUUUGCCAAAGAAGAACUCGCUUCGGCUUUAGGCAUAACCGUAGGCUCUCCGGUUUUGGUAGCUAUCUUCAGACCAUCAAAAAGUAUAACAAAUGAACCUCAAAAUCACUCGGCGUUGUGUCUUUAUCCCUUACGUGACAUAGAAGGGAAAUUUAUUGAAAAUAUCCAUAUGUGUUUCAACGGCAGCGUUAAAGAUAGGAAUAUGGGCUACGUAUCUGGACCUAUUUUGGAUGGGAAAUGUCCUAGCAGUGGAUCUGCUGGUAAUAUUCCAAACUUCUGUGAAGUUGGAUUGAAAAUCAGUGGUCUCACACCUUUGGUAACUACUGCAUCACUUGUAUUCCCUAAUAUAUCCUUAUCAGCAGUUACAACUGGAUCAACAGGACGACACGUAUUGGCAUUCCUUGGAACUACAGAUGGUAGAAUCAAAAAAGUUUUGUUAUCUGGACCGGAACCACCAGAAUAUGAGGAAGUUUUUGUUGAUGACGGAAACCCAAUUUUACCAGAUACAACUAUAUCUCCAUCUGGUGAUUUUCUCUACGUCUUAUCGACAGCAAAAGUAUCAAAAAUAAAUGUAGAACAUUGUAGUACAUAUACUAAUUGUUCAUCGUGUUUGGAAUCUAAGGAUCCAUAUUGUGGUUGGUGCUCUCUAGAAAAGAGAUGUACAGUUCGUAGUGCCUGUCAAAAAGCAUCCCACAGUGCUCCCCGUUGGGUAUCUUUAGGAACAGGACAGCAAUGUAUAGAUUUUGAACAAGUAUUUCCUGAAAGAAUACCCAUCAAUCAAAUGACAAAUGUACGCCUUACUAUCAGAACCCUUCCUGCUCUUCCUCCAGGUGCUAAGUAUAAAUGCGUGUUUGGUAAUGCAGAACCUAUAGAUGCAGAAGUGACAGAAAAUGGUCUGUCUUGCUUCACUCCUGAAAUAUCCAGACGUCCUAGGAUACCUCCAAAAAUGGACCACGUAUUGGUACCGCUCAGUGUUAGGUCAUCAGAAACUAACAAAGACUUCGUGUCUAGGAAUUUUGCUUAUUACGAUUGUGGAAAACACACCACUUGUGGAGAAUGUGUUCGAUCAAAAUGGGCAUGUAACUGGUGUGUUUAUGAGAAUAAAUGUACUCAUAAUAUAUCCAUGUGUCAAAGAAGUAUUAUUAGUGGAGAAAACAAUCCCACUCGUCUAAAUCGACACGGAUUUGCCUUUUGUCCCCAGUUUAAACGAAAAAGCGAGGUGAUUUUGUUGCCGAACAACGUUUUGAAAAAAAUUGUCUUCGAAGUUAUUAAUCUUCCUGAACCAUCCCCCGUACACACUGGUUUUCAGUGUAUAAUAGUCAUAGAAGGUGCUACCAUGCUAGUUCCAGCUACAGUAGAAGGCAAAAAUAUUGUCUGCGAUAAAACAACAUACUCAUAUGAAGCCAAUGAAGGGGAAUAUGAGGCAAGUGUGAAAGUUGUCUGGAAUCACAAACAUCACGUAGAUUCAAUUAAUGUAACUCUGUACAAAUGUGAUAUACUAGGAUCUCACAGAGAACAUGCAGACUGUUCGCUGUGUGUGACCAGAAACUCAAAAUAUAACUGCACUUGGUGCGGUAAUUCUUGUCAAUAUUCAGAAUCAUGUCAACAUACUCCUCAUAUUGAAUGUCCAAGACCUAGAAUUGAUAUGAUCAAACCAUUAAGUGGUCCUAUCGAAGGUGGCACUUUAGUAACUAUUGAGGGUAGUAAUCUCGGGCUUAAAAAAGAAGAUGUUCAAGGGAAAAUUAAAAUAGGUGCCAUUCCUUGUGAAUUAGUUAAUUAUGAAGUUUCUGUUCGUAUUCAGUGCGUUACAGGGCCUUCUGGGGUUGAAAUGACUGCCCCAAUUCGAGUAGGAAAUGAAGCUGGAUACACGAAAUCCUCAGUAGAGUUUAGUUACAAAGAUAUAAGGUUAUCUGGUAUAUUUCCGUCAAUCGGACCGCAAUCUGGAGGUACCCAGUUAGCUAUUACAGGACAAUAUCUAAAUGUAGGCUCAGAAAUAACGGCAUACUUAGACGAGUAUGUGUGUCAAGUAAAUAUAACUCAAGCAUCUAGUGGAAGACUUACUUGCAUAACAUCUAGAUCUCACAAACCAAUAAAUAUUGUUAGAUUAACACUCAGUAUAGAUGGCGCUAACAGAACUUUAGAAGGCAAUCCGUUCAAUUAUACACAAGAUCCUACUAUUAUGGAAAUAAAACCAUUGAACAGUUUUAUGUCUGGAGGAAAAAUGAUCUUUGUACACGGUACAAAUUUAGAUAGUAUUCAGAAGCCAGAAAUGGAAGUUUAUUCAGUGGAAGAACCUAAUGUUCCCAUUAAUAGAACAUUGUGCUCUGUACUAAGCAGUACACAGAUGGAAUGUCCCAGUCCUCCAGUUAAUAAGCAGUUUAGUAUUUAUAGCAAUAGACGACCAAGAUCUGUAAGAAAACCUGCAGCUAUAAAGAUGAAAGAACCUAAACUGAAUUUGAGGAUAGGAUUUAUCAUGGAUAACGUACUUUCUGUUAGAGACUUGGAAAAGCAUUUUCCAAACCUAAGAUCUCAACUGAUGUACGUAGAAGAUCCAAAAUUUUUCCAGUUUCCUAAUCAAAUUAAGUUAUAUCAGGGUGAUAGGCUAGUGAUAGAAGGGGAAAAUUUGAACGCAGCUAGUGAAGAGUCUGACGUUGUUGUUACAAUUGGUACUAAGUCAUGUAAUGUCACAGGCCUGGCAAUGAUACAACUUGUUUGUGUUCCACCAGAACACCAGCCUCCAGGGACUGACGAAAAUGGCUUCAAGACUGAAAACAACCUUCCAUUAGUAGUAGUUAGAGUAGGAAAAAGUUUAAGAUUCCCUAUUGGAUAUUUGCAAUAUGAUAUUUUCAAGUCUUUCACAUUUCCACCUGAAGCAAUCAUUAUGAUUGCAGUCGGGACGAUAUUAUUUAUUUUGUUCUUUGUUGCUGUACUAUUUGUUUACCGAAGAAAAUCCACUCAAGCUGAAAGAGAAUAUAAAAGGAUACAGAUCCAAAUGGAUACUCUAGAGAGUAACGUUAGAUCUGAAUGUAAAUUAGCGUUUGCUGAACUCCAAACUGAUAUGACUGAUCUAACUGCCGAUUUAGAAAAUUCUGGUAUACCCACUUUAGACCACACCAGUUACAUAAUGAAAGUAUUCUUUCCUGGCGUCAGCGAUCAUCCUAUUUUGAACGCUCCCAAGGUACGAUUAAAUGGUCCUAGAACAAAUUAUGAUACAGCGAUGCUACAAUUUGAGCAAUUGAUAAAUAAUAAACACUUUAUACUUACAUUUAUAGAUAUAUUGGAGUCUCAAAAGUCUUUUAAUAUUAGAAAUAAAGUAAACGUAGCGUCCUUACUAAUGGUAGUUUUAAUGGGUAAAAUGGAAUAUGCAACAGAUAUUCUAAAAAGUUUAUUAUUACGUUUAAUCGAAAAAUCUGUAAAUACAAAACAUCCACAAUUGAUGUUGAGACGAACUGAAAGCGUUGUAGAAAAAAUGUUAACAAAUUGGAUGGCUUUGUGUAUGUAUCACUAUCUGAAAGAAUAUGCUGGCUCUUCGCUCUUUUUGUUAUUUAAAGCUAUCAAACAUCAAAUAGAAAAAGGGCUAGUUGAUGCAAUUACUCAUGAUGCCAGAUACUCAUUAUCCGAGGAAAGACUUUUAAGAGAAAAUGUAGAAUACAGUGUUGUGACAUUGCACAUUGUCCAAGACGAUCUUGACGAAAAAAUUCAAUGCAAAGUUUUAGAUUGUGAUACUAUCAGUCAAGUAAAAUCGAAAAUACUGGACGCCCUUUUCAAAAACACUCCUUUUUCAUUAAGACCCUCGAUCUAUGAGGUAGAUUUAGAGUGGAGACAUGGAAGAGGGGGCCAUUUAACUUUACAAGAUGAAGAUUUGACAACGAAAACGAUAUGUGGUUGGAAAAAACUGAAUACUUUAGCUCAUUAUGGAGUUAAAGAAAGUGCUGUAAUGUCUUUAAUAUCGAGACAAAAUGAUAGUUUUAACAAUUGUAAACAGCCCUGCCAUAACUGUGUCACUGGAAUGUAUCUCAAUAAUUCUCAUUCACCUAUUAUAACAACAAAUGGUGAUAUCGAAGCAGCUAAUAACCCAAGAAUAUAUCACUUGAUCAAGCCCAUCGAUGAUCACCAAUUCCCUAAUAACAAAAUGGCCGAAAGAACUCAUAAAGCUAUUCCAGAAAUAUUUUUAACAAGGCUAUUAUCUACGAAGGGCACUAUUCAGAAAUUUGUCGACGAUUUCUUUAUGACAAUUCUAACUGUGAAUGAAGCUUUGCCUCCGGCAGUAAAAUGGUUGUUUGACUUAUUAGAUGAUGCUGCUAGAAAACAUGGCAUUCAAGAUCCAGAAGUGGUACAUGCUUGGAAAUCCAACAGUCUUCCUCUGAGGUUUUGGGUUAACUUUAUUAAAAAUCCUGAUUUCAUUUUCGAUAUCAACAAAACUACAACUUUAGAUUCUUGUCUGUCUGUUAUUGCCCAGACGUUUAUGGAUUCUUGCUCUACUACUGAACAUAGAUUAGGAAAAGACUCACCAUCCAAUAAGUUACUGUUUGCCAAGGAUAUACCAAGGUAUAGAGAAAUGGUUUCUCAGUUCUAUAAUGACGUUGCUAUGUUGCCAGUAAUAACAGAUCAAGAAAUGGGAUCUGCUAUGCAGCAAUUAUCUGCACAACAAGCAGAGGAAUUCGAUACCGUAGCGGCUUUAAAAGAACUUUACAUAUAUGUUACUAAAUACAGAGAACCAAUUCUAGAAGCAUUUAGCACAGAUCUUAAUUGCCGGCGUCAACAUCUGGCACAAAAACUGGAAAACGUUGCUUAUACAUUAGGAGGGGAUGAAAAUUCAACUUGCUGACCUCAACGGUCACCUGAUCCUCUGCUGCCUAGAACCUUGGCGCCCUGAUUCCAAGCAUAAGUUCACAUGCAUGCUUUUCGCUAACCAAAAUAAUUGACCAAACAAAAACACAAGAUUAAAUUCGAUUGAACAAAUACGUAUAUGAAAUUGAAUUUAUUAUUUCAUUGUGUAGCUUUUUAAACUAAAGUGAAAGUUAUUUUCUCUAGUAUAUUUGUUUGGUCUAAAACCAAAAGUCAAUUCCAAAAGGUUUGUGCUGCUGUCUUAUAAAUAAUUAUUUUUUUAACGUUUUUACGAUGCUUCGAGUUAUUUUUUACAAUAUUUAGAGGAUUUUGAAUGCUUAAAAGUUCCUAUGUGUUAAAGAGAAGUUACUUUUUGUACCUAAAUAUGUAAAGACAAAAACUUAUGAAUGGAUACAACUACAGUUCUUACUUAAAUCAAUGUAUUAGGUUUGAUAUAUUUAAAUAUAAUAUUUUAUCUGUCACAUUUCACAGCCGUUCGUUCCAUUUCAUAUGUUAUGUUGUAAGCGUUAUAUUGUUUAGUUUUUUACUAGAUCAUAAUUAUAAUUGCAAUUCUCACUCACUAACAACAUUGUUAGAACCCGCAGUGAAUUAUAAAAGUUAACAUAUUUAGAUCUUUGAAAAUAAUUUCUAAUUAAAUAAUUGGAAAAUAUAUAACCUUUAACCCUAUAUAAGAACCUAUAAAUGUGUUAGUAUCAGGUACAAUAUUAUUUCACAUUUUUAAGAACCUUUUUAUGUUGCUAAUUGAUGAAGUUGGAUGAAGGUAACAAUAAUAUGGAAACUCUAAAGUGAGGUUUUUCUGUUCAUUGAAAAAUUUAAUUUUAAUGAGAUAAAACACCAGAUAGAUCUCAACAAUCAAAUUGAUGAAAGAAUAUUACCAUUAAUUGAUCACUAUAAAUUCGUUAUCGCAAAAUAUGAGACUUUUCUUUGUUGUCGACUGUUUCGUAAGUCUGUGAUGGGUGUGAUUUCAACAUUGUCUUCUGUUUGAAUACUUUCUACCUGAUCUAUUAAAUAAGAUAAGCAUUCCUGUAUAAUUCCAUCUUUAACUUACACACUUGCUAGGUUAGUUUUGUAGAUAUGCGAGUCUAUGAAUAUUUCUGUUUGUAACAUGAGUUUUCUGAUUUAAUUAAAAAAAUCCCUAUAAACAUUUCAGUGGAAAAAGAAACUUUCAAAACCCAAACUGCUGUUAUAUCUCAUAUGUUAAAGGCCCAUAUGUAACCCUACCUUGAAUAAAUUUUCUUAAUUUUUUCUCUUAGCUCAAUAAAUAAUGUUUUUAUUAUAUUUAUUUUUUUUUCAAUUUCUAUCAUGAAAACAUUAAUAUUGUAAUUAAAAAAAACUCUAAUGUGAGAUUGCCUUUUUAUGGAUGGAGUUUAAAACAACACUUAAUAAAAUUUCUUUUUUGACAUCAACAAUGAGUUUUCUAUAACUAUCCCUUCAGGGUUAAUAAUUAUUAUAGCUCUUUAUGAAGGUUCAAAAUUUGAAUAGAUCAUAUUGAAAGAUUAACAUAUCUCAAAGACAAAAACACCUAUUGAAAGAAACUAAAUUCUUUCCCUAGAUUUACUUCUACCUAAUUGCUCUGUUAUAUAUAAUUUAUGAGUAUAAAUACAGUCAACUGAACAGCCCAGAAUAUUUUUAUCCAUUUGUGGAAACUGUUUAAAAUGUUUGAGGAAAAAUUGUAUAUUAGUGGGGAUUAAAACAUCUGGUAGCUCUCUCCACAAUCACAUGGAUAAAAGUUUCAACAAAUCUUCAUUCUUAUAUCUUAGUAAAAAGCGUUCUAAGUUUAGACAGUUCUUAAUGAUAUCUUCCACCUAUCUCAAAGACAAAGUCUCAUAUUUAAAGAAACUAUAUUAUUUCCCAAGAUUUACUUGUACUUAAUUGCUCUUUUAUAUAUAAUUUAUGAGUAUAAAUGGAGUCUACUGAACAACCCAGAAUAUUUGUAUCUAUUUGUGGAAACUGUUUAGAAUGUUCACGGAAAAAUUGUUUUUCAGUGUGGGGUAAAACACUUAGUAGCUCUCUCCACAAUCAUAUGGAUAAACGCUCCAACAAAUCUUCAUUCUCAUAUCUUAGUAAAAAGCGUUUUAAGUUUAGACAGUUCUCAUUGAUACCUCUACCUAUCUCAAAGACAAAAUUUCUUAUUCAAAGAAACUAUAUUUUUUCAUUAGAUUUAUUUCUACUUAAUUGCUCUUUUAUAUAUAAUUUAUGAGUAUAUAAGGAGUCAACUGAACAGCUCAGAAUAUUUGUAUCCAUUUGUGGAAACUGUUUAAAAUGUUUGCGAAAAAUUGUAUUUCGGUGGGGGAUAAAGCACUUGGUAGCUCUCUCCACAAUCAUAUGGAUAAACGCUCCAACAAAUCUUCAUUCUCAUAUCUUAGUAAAAAGCGUUUUAAGUUUAGACAGUUCUCAAUGAUAUCUUCACCUAUCUAAAAAACAUAGUCUCAUAUUUAAAGAAACUAUAUGAUUUCCCAAGAUUUACUUCUACUUAAUUGCUCUGUUAUAUAUAAUUUAUGAGUAUAAAUAGAGUCAACUGAACAGCACAGAAUAUUUGUAUCCAUUUGUGGAAACUGAUUAAAAUGUUUGCGGAGAAGUUGUAUUUUGGUGGGGGUAAAAAACUUGUUGGUCUUCAAAAUCAUAUAGAUAAAUGUUCAAUUUUAUUAUAUAUGACAAGAGAUAUAACAGUAGUUCAGUUUUUGAUUUAGAUUGCAAUGUAUUCAUUUAAAGAAACAUAUCAAAAAAUCUUACUAUUUCUCAAUUCGAAAUUUAAAAGUGAAUGAAUGUAGUAUUAUUUCAUAUUAAUAUCGUUACCUUGAUGCAACUGAUGUAUUAGCUAAAUAUAAGAAUUUUCUGCUUGUGUGAAACAUCGAUACUGGUACCUGAAAACACAUUUUUUUCUGACAUGAGAUCAAAUUAGUUAGAACCACCAUACAUGACUUUUAUAUUUAUACAGAGUGUUCGGCAGAUCGUUGAACAUAGGAAGAGUUCCAGGUCUUAAAAAAACUUUUUAUAGAUUUUUUUUAGUUUUCUAGAAAUUUUGUCUCUUUCGUACCUCUAAACUUGGUGAAUGGAAUGGCCAAUAAAAAUUAAUAUUGGUCGCGAAUUAUUGCUAGAAACUAACUUGUGGGCCGCCGAACUCCAAACAAAAGUUAAAAAAAAAUUUAAACUUACGUUGCGUUUAAAAAAAAUGAAAGGUGAUAGGAAGCUUCUCUUUUUUUUUAAAAACAUCGCUAGAGUGUAGGCUUUCUAACGGUAUAUAAUUUGUUUCGAUAUCUUUUUUCUAACCAGAGUUAGUUUUUUACGUAGUUGGACCUUUUCGACGAAAUUCGAUUUCAUGUAAAGUUACAGAUUUCUCCUAAAAUCAAUACAAGGAUUAAAAUAAUGAAACAAACGUAUCAAAUCUUAAAUUAUUUAUUUUAAAAUCAUCAUUUCAUUUAAAUUUUGUUCAAAUUGGCGCCCCUCAUUGGUUAUCUCUGCAUCGUUUUCGUAAUUCCACUGUAGUAGUCCGCAACAACAUCUCUUGUUUCAUUGUUUCAAAUGCAGCGUCAAUCCGAUGAAUUAAUUAUUCACGACUUGUGACAACUGUGGUGUAUACUAAAUCUUUGACCCGAUCGCGGGGGCCAAGGAAUUGGACCACCCCUACCAAUCCACGAGUUGGGGAAGGCGUUGUUCAAUAAUUCCCUCACAUUCAAGCUCCAAUGAGCCGGGCAGCCGUCAUGUUGGAAUACAUCCAUUAUUAACAAUUUAAAUUUUCACUAUACAUUAACACAAUUUGCUUAGAAAGUUCUCGAUUUCAAUGCAUUUUCCAAGACAGAAAUACUUUCAAAAAAAAUUUGUAAGAAAUUGUGAUAUUUUUUGCCCAUGAUAAGAAACCAGAAAAAUGUAUUAAGUUGAUACAUAUACAGAUUGUCCCAAAAAACUAAAAUUAAGUAUUAAAAAUAUCCUAAAAUACCAGUGAUGCGAUAAUUUUGUGGGGUGUAUAUAUAAUAAUAAGCGUGCUAGAGUGAAACACUACCAUUAUUGCCAAUUUAAGCAUUCCACAGAGAGUAUAAGAGAGAAAAGAGAGAGAGAAAACACAGUUUCCACAACAAAAUACAAUUAUUCUAUGUCUCUAUAUGGAUCCUAUGCAAAUAUCAAAUUAUUAAUAAACUCAAAAAAUCUCUUAGUCUGGUGUACAUUUUCAGGAAAAAGGAGAAAAAACUUUCAUGUUAAAUCAUAAUCAUUUUAAUAGAAAAUCAUAUUAUAUAUAAUAUUGAGGAUGUGUUGAAACGUUUAUCCAUAUAAUUAUGGAGAGCUAUCAAGUGCUUUACCCCCCUCUGAAAUACAAUUUUUCCUUAAACAUUUUAAACACUUUCCACAAAUGAAUACAAAUAUUCUGGGCUGUUCAGUUGACUACUUUUAUACUCAUAAAUUAUAUAUAAAAGAUCAAUUAAGUAGAAAUAAAUCUAGGGAAAAAAUAUAGUUUCUUUGAAUAGGAAACUUUGUCUUUGAGAUAUGUAGAGGUAUUAAUGAGAACUAUCUAAACUUAGAGGGCUUUUACUGUGAUAUAAGACUGAAGAUUUGUUGGACCGUUUAUCCAUAUGAUUGUGGAGAGAGCUACCAAGUGCUUUAUCCCCCACCGAAAUACAAUUUUUCGCAAACAUUUUAAACAGUUUCCACAAAUGGAUACAAAUAUUCUGAGCUGUUCAGUUGACUCCUUAUAUACUCAUAAAUUAUAUAUAAAAGAGCAAUUAAGUAGAAAUAAAUCUAAUGAAAAAAUAUAGUUUCUUUUAAUAAGAAACUUUGUCUUUGAGAUAGGUAGAGGUAUCAAUGAGAACUGUCUAAACUUAAAACGCUUUUUACUAAGAUAUGAGAAUGAAGAUUUGUUGGAGCGUUUAUCCAUAUGAUUGUGGAGAGAGCUACUAAGUGUUUUACCCCACACUGAAAAACAAUUUUUCCGUGAACAUUCUAAACAAUUUCCACAAAUAGAUACAAAUAUUCUGGGUUGUUCAGUAGACUCCAUUUAUACUCAUAAAUUAUAUAUAAAAGAGCAAUUAAGUACAAGUAAAUCUUGGGAAAUAAUAUAGUUUCUUUAAAUAUGAGACUUUGUCUUUGAGAUAGGUGGAAGAUAUCAUUAAGAACUGUCUAAACUUAGAACGCUUUUUACUAAGAUAUAAGAAUGAAGAUUUGUUGAAACUUUUAUCCAUGUGAUUGUGGAGAGAGCUACCAGAUGUUUUAAUCCCCACUAAUAUACAAUUUUUCCUCAAACAUUUUAAACAGUUUCCACAAAUGGAUAAAAAUAUUCUGGGCUGUUCAGUUGACUGUAUUUAUACUCAUAAAUUAUAUAUAACAGAGCAAUUAGGUAGAAGUAAAUCUAGGGAAAGAAUUUAGUUUCUUUCAAUAGGUGUUUUUGUCUUUGAGAUAUGUUAAUCUUUCAAUGUGAUCUAUUCAAAUUUUGAACCUUCAUAAAGAGCUAUAAUAAUUAUUAACCCUGAAGGGAUAGUUAUAGAAAACUCAUUGUUGAUGUCAAAAAAGAAAUUUUAUUAAGUGUUGUUUUAAACUCCAUCCAUAAAAAGGCAAUCUCACAUUAGAGUUUUUUUUAAUUACAAUAUUAAUGUUUUCAUGAUAGAAAUUGGAAAAAAAUAACUAUGAAAGAAUAAGUUAUCCACUGCAAAUAAACAAAAAAUAUAAAUUCACGAAUUUAUGUAUUAAAAGACUUUAAUGUAAUUGUGAGUGAGAAAUGUUAAUAUGUGUACUCCAUGAGUUUUGGAAUCUCAUCUUUAGGAAACAUGAUUGUUUCAAAUUGAAAAUGUUACUAUGAAAUACAAUGUAAAAAACAUUGAUUUCAAACUGAAAGAAAAACGUCACUAAAGGAAUUGAAUUUUUUUGAUACAAAAACUAAGUAUCCCAAAACAUAAUAACUGGUAUAUUAGAAAAGAUUCUUAACUUUUGGAUUACACACUGAAUUUUGUAUCUGCCAAUAAAGCUGACAGCAAAUCAGUUAUUUUUUGAAACACCAAGAAAAUGGUCGAAAAGUUCUAAUUUUAGCAUGAUUUUUAAGAUUACCACCCAUUAUUGCAGAGUAAUAGCAGCAAGAGCCUUUUUUCUUUAGUCUUUUUAAUUACUUAAUUGUACUUAGUGAAAAGAUACAUACAUCUUACAUUUUUGUAAUUAGACUCUUAUUUUGUGACGAAUCAGGGACACAAACUUCGCUGUGGUCUCUUCAAUAUUUUUACGUAUUCUGAUUAGUUUGCCUCGGUAUAUCUUGUGUUUCAGUGGCUUUUCUUCUGUGUGAAUUGUUAACAGCAGAUUAAAAUUAUAACUGAUUUGAUAUUGUCUGAUUUAUCUAUUUAAUUUAGUUACUAGCUGUAGUAUACUUGUUAUACGUUGUUAUUAUAUAAUAAAAUAAAACCAGAUAAUAGAGAAAAGCAUGUUUGUGUUUUUGAGCGUGUUAUACUGUGAUAUGGCGCAUGAUCAGGUGACUGUGAUUGGAUGCGUACUUACCCUCCAGCGGCUGCUAGUUUCCUUUAUUCGAGUGCCUCGCUACGCUGAUGGGACGUGACAAGGACAGUGUAUACUCGCAAUGGCGCAAAAUCCUUUUGUGCACUUCUGUUCGGUCCGGUUAGCCUAGUUAAGUAGAAAUUUAUAGAAAUUUUCUUCAACAUGUAAUGGACUGACUGUAACUUGUUGAUAUUUUUUUUAAUAAUAUAGACCAUCCAAAAAAGUAACUAUGAAUUUGAAGUUGUAAAAAUCAUUAUCAAAUAAAGGAUAUUUUUCCAAAAAACUCCUGAGCACUAAAAAUUUAGGUAUAGAAAAAUCUAAAAAAAGGCAGAUUAUUAAAGCACACAUUUUUAUUUGAUGCUUUUUAAAAUACUGUAAUGUUGUAUAUCAUUUUGAAAGCACUGUCAUUUAUAAAUUUCUCUCGAAUCCUAUUAUUUACCCAUACCCGACUUCUACAUAUCUUAAAAUUACAGUUUACUUUAUCUCCAGUUAAUUAAUUAAUUGUAGUUGUAUUACAUAUUCUAUAUACAUAUUUUCAUUAUUAGUAAUAUAAAAUGUCCCCCAACUAAUUUUAACGGAAUGACUUUUGCACGACAAUAUUAUAUAAAGGUAUUUCUCAUGAAUGUUGAUGGGGCAUUCUAAUAAUAUCAAGCCCUAGUAAUCUCAAAAUUGCUCUCUUUUCAAUUUUAGUGAUAUCAACUUGAGAAAAUUAUUUUUUAUUGAACAGUUCUAGUUUGAACGUUUUAAUAUAAUGAAAAUGAAUACUUACAAAUAAUGAGUAGACUUCAUUAGUAUUCCAAGUAAGAAAAUGGCAAAGUUUAGCUUUAAAUAUAGUCUAAUAUUUGAUAAUUUUUAAUUAAUCUGUUUAACCCAAUUUCUUAUUAUGUUAUCUGACUAGUUAGUUCAUUUGUUAUUUGUAAAUGUUCUGUAUUAUAUGUAAUGUUAGAGUUCAAUCAAUCAAAUCUAGUUUCAUUUCCAGAACUUAGUUCUGUUAUUUUUCAAAAAUGUCAGUUGUGGUUGUCAAUGCUUGAGCCAAAAAACUAAAGUGGGUUGAAAUUUAUAAAUAAUGUGCAAUAUUAUUUGGCUAGACAAAUGAAGGUCAAAUAUAUGAGGAAUUGUUUCAUAUACCAUAGAUUUAAUGAAAAUUUGGACACAUCGUGACAUGGAAACUAGGAAAUUUAGCAAACUGAUAACUUCCUUUCGCUAAUGGUCCAGGAGGAAUCGGCGCACGACUACCAAAAACUAUCCCACCUUAAUUCUUUUGUGCUAUCCUCUUCAAAUUGCCCUACUGAUGAUAUAAAUGCAAUCCUGUGGCAUAUUGCUUAAACCGAAAUUGUUUGAACAAUGCAAGGAAUUGUUAUUUUUCAACCGGACAAAUUUUUUUAUUGAAAUACAAAAAUAUUAACUUUAACGUGAAAAGUCAUAGGACCUUUUUUAUUUGUAUUUUAAUAACAAAUAUAAAAAAAUUUGUCCGGCUGAAAAAUAAUUUCGAUUUAAACAAUAUUCCACGCGCACUUAUAUUAUCAGUAGGGCAAUUUGAAGAGGAUCGCAUAAAAAAAUUUAGGUGGAAUAGUUUUCGGUACUCACGCGCCGAUUUCUCCUAGACUAUAAGUCAGAAUAGUGAAUUUUUAGAAAUUUGCACUUGAAAUUUCUUUGUUUUUAUUAUGCUUGCAUUUGAAUAUAAUAGGAAGUAUGCAUUUUAAACUUUUCCACCUAUUUUUUAAUGAAGUAUUCUAAAAGAUCUGUACAGUGAAGUAUAAUUUCGAAAUUAAAAAAAAAACGCGCGUUUCACACAAUACUACAUAAAAACGGGAGAAAUAAAAGGCAGCCCUAGGAAUGAACCAAAACUAGACUAGACAUAUUUUCAUUAGUUUUCUUUCUCGCUACUUGAUUGAUAUCUGGUAAGGUAAUUGGUUCACGACUUCUAUAAGUUCUUAUAGAAGUCGUGAAAUGUGUCGGAAAUCUAAGGCAUGAGUUCCUUUAAAUUAUUUUUUUUUCACUAUUAACGGGAUUGGAGCCAUUGUAUCACAAUGUUAUUUUUUUGCUAAGGUUUACCUUUUCUCAAGAAGUCAACCAUUUUAUUUUUCAAUUUUUCCAAAAUGGUAUUACAUUCAAGAAUACCGGGAUUUUUAGACACCCUUUAUCUCCUUUCAUGAUAGUUUUUUUCCUUCUCAGUAACUUUUCUUUAUUAUAAAGAGUUUUAUACGAAGUUUGAAAUUCAAAAAAAAACAAUUAACUAGUAAAGGCUUUGCACUCCCACACAAGCUGACCAAAUUAAUCUAGUUUAGCGAUUCCCCUAUUGGACAAAAAUAUCAUGUCUUUUUCUUCUCUAUAAUGGAGUGUGUCCAGGAAUGUGAAAUUUAUGGAUAAUGGAAUGUAUAUUGGAAUUAUUUUUUUAAAACCAUCAAAUAUAUGGUUGGUAAAAACGAAUUUUUAUUUUGACCAGCACGCCCAAAUUGGAGAUUUUCGAACCUUUCAAAAUUCAUAUCUCUAAAAAUAUUAACUUUAUUGUGAAAAGUCAUAGAACCUUUUUUAUUUGUAUUUCAAUAAAGAAUAUAAAAAAAUUGGCCAGUUGAAAAAUAACAUUCCUUGAAAUUGUUUAAAUAAUUUCGGCACGGAGUUGCCCAAUUUAUCACUAGAGCAAUUUGAAGAGGAUCAUAUAAAAAAAUUGAGGUGAAAUAGUUUUUGGUACUAAUGUGCCGAUUCCUCUUGCACUAUUAGUCAAAGAAAGUUAUCAAACCACUGAAUUUCCUAGUUUCAUAUCACGAUGUAUCCAGUGAUUUGCCCAGCAGUCAUGUAUGGAACAUAACAGUUAUUGUGUAGUUAUAUUAAAUCAGUGUGGACAUUCUAUAACUUGACUUCGAUAUUCUGACGUAAGACGCCAUGAAUAUUUUGGAUUAUGGGAGCGGGGAAAAGGUUAGGUCUUCCACAAACACUACUUAAGUCAUUGAUAACUUCAACAUUCAGCACCUCCAUUGAAGGAAAAAGAAAACUAAGUUCGAGUUUUGUGACAUAUUUUGAAAGUGGUUUAUAAGAGUUAACAAUAUACAGUCAGUAGUUUAUAUGGGAAAUAGUGAUCUAUGCCGGAACUUUAUUUAAUGUGGAAUAGUCUUCAAGUCCAGUGAUUUGUACGUUACUAUUUAAAUUUUGUUCAAUAUAAAUUAAUGCAAUGUAUCUUAAUAUUUUUUUGUAAAUAUAAUAUAAAUUGUGCAUAUAGAUUAUUAACGGAUUUAUAAAAGUGUUUAUAAUUAGGCGUACAUUCAUCGAUAAUAUAUUAUUAGUAGGCUAGUACUUUUCAGGAGAAAACCAUUUGUCACAUUAGUGAUUAUAAAAAAAUUGAUUUAUUAAAAAAACGAUCAGAUUUAAAGACACCGAAUAGAAUAUAGUGAUUAUCAAUAUUAUUAUCUCAUAGUUAUACAAUACUUUUAAUUCUUAUUAUUGAAAUAUUUCACUAAAAAUUGCGGCUCUUACCUGGAUCCAUAUUUCCGUCCAUUUUCACUUUGCAACACUCAACUAAAGCUAUAUUUACCUUUUCGGAUUACCCAUUACACGAUCCAAUUUUCUUUUACUCAUAUGUAUUCCAUUUUUUUCUUACUAUUUUGCAAGUUAAAUGACCUAGCUUAGCACAAUUGGAAUGAAAUUUAAAUAACAGAUGGUCAAAUACAAAAUAAAUAUUUUUUGCAAUUACAUUUUUAUAAUCUGGACUAAAAGGCAAUGUCUGAAGAGAGCCUUGAAAGUAUAAAUGUAUAUUAUAAAUCUCAGAAAAACUUGUGUGUUUGUGUUGUAAAUAUUGUGACAUAUUAUGAUUUUUUUCUCAAAAGGCACGAGCUUAAUUAUUAGAUUGUGUUAGGUAUAAUUUUUUAUUGUAAACAAUUUUUACAAAUCCUAUACAUGUAGUAAACCGCUUGUUUAUAAUGUGGCUACCGAGAAAUGAUAUAUAAUAUCCAUACUAUUUUUAUUGCAACCUAUCUAUUUAAAUUUGAGAUAUUUUAAUAGCAGACACAUUCUAAAUGAGCCUUGAUAAAUUUUUAUAAUUAAAAUAUGGAUGUCUCAAUUUUCAAAUUUAAUGAUACAAAAUGUUAGUGAAAAUACAGUUAUUUAUAUGCAUUUUACUUGUUUUUUUCAAAUUCUAUUUUUUACUUACUGAUUCCAUUGUAAUAUAUUCCUUUCAAGCAGCUUAAAAAUUUCUUAUACUUUUUGUUAAUGUGAUCGUGAAUUAAAGCUUUUUAUAUAAAAGUGUAUUGUUUAGUGAUAUUUUUUUACUCUAUUAAACAUGUAUUCCAUAAUUUAA